AUGUGUAUCCUAAUUUACAGCAUUUUUUCACAUUACUGCUCGGACAUGUUUAGCAUCACAUCUUUGCUCACGGCGUUUCCCUUUUUCGCUUUGGUGAUUUCAGUGUUUCUUCUUGGAUUCCUAUUGAUCGGCGGAGCCUCAAUCAAUAGUGCAUACUCCUCCGUAUACUUAUUGAAAGCCUCCUUCAACCAAACGUCUCCUUUGCUUGUACAGGCGGCCAACUCCUCUGUUACAGGUAUCACUAUCAAAGCCAACUAUAUGGCAUUGUGUGUCUCUUCUACAAAUCAGUUGAUGUGCUCGCCAUCGAAGAACUUGACAGCCUUACAAGAGGCCACGACUAUCUCCAAUGGUCCUGUCAAUUUUAGUUUGGUGACUGUCGCCGAAGCAUUGACCCAAGUCUGCAAGCCAUACCUUCUUGUGACGUCAAUAGUACUUCUCUUGUUGCUGCUUGUGUUUGUGAUCUGGAUAGGACUUCCAUUUGUGCCUGGGAAAGCUAUGGCCUCUCGGAUUGCGCUGGGAUUCACUGGGUUGACAGUAGUGGUUUGGGGUCUUGGGGCUAUGCUUCAACAGCAGGGCGUCGAGGGAGCUCGAGAGUUUAUUCUGGUGGCAUCGAUGGAGAUGGUUAUUGUUCUGAGAGGAGGACGGGCGCAUGCGAUGGCAUGGACGGCGUUUUCGUUUGUGUUGGCGGCGUUUUUGUGCUUGGGAAUAGGGUCGAUUAGAUCCUACUACCUUGCCAGAUCUAUGGAAAAGUUUUGA